UCACGCUAUUCAGCAAGAUAACAAGCCAUGUCGAACAAAUUCAAGAUCACCGACCUCCUGCCUCUUCCAAACUCGUCGGUCAAGAUUCCGCGGCUUGGAUUCGGAGUCUAUCGCUCGCCAGCAACACAAACCAAGCAGUCAGUCCUCAAGGCCCUUGAAACAGGAUACCGUCAUAUCGACACUGCGCAGUUCUACGCGAACGAGAAGGAGGUUGGAGACGCGAUUCAUGAAUCCGGUCUUCCUCGCAGCGAGAUCUUCGUCACCACCAAGAUUCUCGCCCCGGCAGGCUCGCCUGAAGCAACCUACGAAAAAAUUAUUGAAAGUGUGAAUAAGAUUGGCGGUAAAGAUGGAUACGUGGACCUGUUCCUCAUACACAGUUCAAGCUCUGGAUCUUCAGGUCGGAAGGAGCUAUGGCAAGCGCUGGAGAAGCUGCUAGAGGAAGGCAGAACCAAGAGUAUCGGGGUCAGCAAUUUCGGUGUAAAACAUAUCGAAGAGAUGAAAGAAUAUGCGAAGGUUUGGCCGCCACACGUGAACCAAAUUGAGCUCCACCCCUGGUCCCAGCAACGUGUAAUCGAGAAGUACUGCAAGAAGCAUGGAAUCAUUGUCGAGGCCUAUUCGCCAAUUGUUCGGAAUUAUAAGGCCAACGAUCCUACCCUUGUCGAGAUUGCCAAGAAGUACAAGAAGUCGACACAACAAGUCCUGAUACGCUACGCAUUGCAGAAGGGAUGGGUCCCGUUACCGAAGACUGAUAAUUCAGAGCGCAUUGUGUCAAAUGCCGACGUAUUCGACUUCAACAUCACCGAUGAGGAUAUUUCUGUGCUGGACGGACUGGACCAGGGAAGUGCUGGAGCCAUUGUGGAGGCUGUUGAGAAUGAGUAGAUCGUUUGUCCAAUACUAUAAUAAUGCAAUUAAAGAGUUUAAUAGUCCGGUCGUUGCAUAAGAAACGCAUUGACAGACUGCAGCGU